GAUCCACGCGUCACGCUCCAUCACUUCGUGCGUGUGUUGUGUGCCACUACAUGAAGGCAGCUGCUCGGAGACAAGCGGCCAGAUGCGGAGACGAGUGUGGUGCGCGAGAGUGCAUGCAGCCGCUGUACGUGCUGUGAUUUGACAAUUUGUGGAGGGCAGAUGCAGUUGGAGUGAGUCCAGGGAUGCUGCGGCGUUUCUUGCUGCCGGAGUGCCGCCGCGCAACGAGGGGCUGUGCCCCCAACUUCUGCUGAGAGAAGAGAAGCCGUUGUAAUUUUUACGCGUUUUAAUAACCCACGAUGGCUCACUCCCGGGACCUUUAAGCGUCCCCUGCGGUGAUCUCGCUGGCUGCUGUGGGGCUGUGGGAGUGCACGCUGUCUCUCCUCCCCAGCCUGCAGACAUGGGGAAUAGUUUCUCCAAUCUGGCUGCCUUCCAGUCCCUGCACAUAGUCAUGCUCGGCUUGGACUCUGCGGGCAAAACCACCGUCCUCUACCGGCUCAAAUUCAACGAGUUCGUCAACACGGUGCCCACCAUCGGCUUCAACACGGAGAGGAUCCGGCUGGGCGGCGCGGGGGCCUCUAGGGGCAUCAGCUGUCACUUUUGGGACGUCGGGGGCCAGGAGAAGCUGCGGCCCCUGUGGAAGCCUUACAGCCGCUGCACGGACGGCAUCGUGUACGUGGUAGACUCUGUGGACACCGAGAGGCUGGAGGAGGCUCGCACCGAGCUGCACAAGAUCACCCGGUUCGCCGAGAACCAGGGGACCCCGCUGCUGGUCAUCGCCAACAAGCAGGACCUGCCCCGGGCUCUGGACGUCGGGGAGAUCGAGAGGCAGCUCGCUCUGGCGGAGCUGAGCCCCUCAACACCGUACCACGUCCAGCCGGCCUGCGCCAUCAUCGGAGAGGGACUGGACGAGGGCAUGGACAAGCUGUAUGAGAUGAUCGUGAAGAGGAGGAAGUCACUGAAGCAGAAGAAAAAGAAGCAGUGAUACCAGGCUUUGGCUGGAUGAUGGCUAAUAAACUAUGACGCAUCCCAUCUAUAGAAACAGGAUGGAUUAAACAAAAAAAGAAAGAAGAAAAAACACCACAGAAACACUGCAAGUCUCCAUAUAGGAGGAAAAUAUACUCAUAGAGAUGCAAAAUGAGCUGGAAAUGCAUAUCAUAUAAACUCAUUAGCAUCCAUACUUUCCUGUAGGAAUGCGUAUUUGCAGAUGAAAUCUAUAUAGUAUAAUCAUGAAUAGUAUAAAUUUUACAAAAAAAAAAAGUCAUAUUAAAGUCAGAUUCAUGGGAAGAAUAUUGAUUGUUUACCUUGGUAGAUGACUGUUUUAAUGUUCUUCACAGGCAGUUGUGUGUGUGCACACUGUGGCUCUCGCUGCACUCUCCCUGAUGGAGGAGUAUUAAUAGGACUGUUUCAUUGGGGAUGUGUGUAUUGUAGCGGAGAUGUUUUAUAAAGUGUAUUGAUCCACUGGCAGAGCUCCCUGUUGCUGUGCUGUGCACAGAUGUGAGAAGGCUGCUGUAAAUGUGAUUAGGGAUGCACUCAUGCACAGAUCAGUGUUUAGAGCUGCGAGGUGGUGUUACACCAAAGAUGAUUCCCAAGAGAUGAUACAGAAACUCUGCUUUGGUGGGUUUUUUGUUGUUGUUGUUUUUUACAGCCUUUCCUGCCAAACUGAGAUAUAUAUAUACCUGGUAUGACUGGCUUAGGAGGAAAAUAAUUAAAUAAACUAUGUUAUAUAGAAUCCAUUUGAGCUAUAUGAAAUCAGUUCUUCCUCAUCCCUCAUCUUGCUCGUUUUCUGUGUCUUCCUCAGUGGAACCACCUUUGAUUAUCCCUCCUCUGGAAGUCAAAUUGAAGGCCUUCUGCUCUGUGACAAGCUGAUUUGAUCUGUUUUGGAGAAUUUUACUAAUGCUGCAUCUGUUUUUUCCCUAUUUUUAACAGUUCAACUUUUUUCAGCUAUAUAUGCAACUGUUUUAUGUAUUUAAUGCAAUAUUGCCGCAAGAAUAAUACGGCUUGAUGGUACAAGAGUUGCACAUGGACACUGUGGGUCCAUUUAAGCCAUUUUAUGUAAUAUUUGCUAAAGUUCAAGAUUAAUUUUACCUAAUAAAAACUGGACAUUUCAGAUUAAUAUAACUGUUGGUAGUGUUGGCUGGUAAAUACAGCAAACACUGAUUAUAUUAUUUGUGUGUCCAUCUACUCUUACUUUUCACACAAAAUUCUCUCUUAAAUUCUCAAACUUAAAUUUAGUUAUAGCUAAUAAUGCUGAAUGGAAGGGACAUUACACAACCAAUUAAUCAAACCCCCAUCAGAAAUCUUACACCAAAACAUGACAUAGUCAUCAGCAUAUAGAGUCAUUUUUAGUUGCUGUAGUUGCUCUAAAGCAAACCAGCUGCCCCUCAGAGUGCUUGAGAAGUGUUAUGAGUGCAUCCCAGACUGAUUCAACCUCCUGGCAGUGAAAGGACACGUGUUCAGAGCCUGUUUUCAUCCCCAAGGUGCCAAAAAUCUACAUCUUGUCAAAGCUGCUGGUAUUUUGGAGAUGCCACAAUUUGGCAUUGAUAUCACAGGAAUGGAUAUUUUUAGUCAGCUGUUUGGAAAAAACAAAUACAAUUUUUGUUCCUCAAGCGCAGAAUGUUUUAAAAGUCCCAAUGUUGUUGUUUUAAAUAACAGCGAUACUAAUAACAGCCAUACAAAGUCAAAAUUUUAACUCAAAUAUAAUAACUCAAAACUAAAACUCAAAAUAACUCAAAACUGAGAAAAUAACUUGACAUUUUGAGCUAAUUCAAAAUGUCAACUCAGCUCUGCUGAUCUGGAAUUGUUUUUCCCCCGUAGUCAAACAGCCCUAAUUGAGAUGUGAUAUUUUAUCCCAAAUCAAUAUUAUUUUUAGUCACCAAAUGCCAUGUAAAAUAAAAUUAAAAAAACAGGAAAUGAUAAAAAGACAAACUAACAAAAAACCACAAAGUUUGAUAAAGCUGUGUUGAACAGCACUGUUGGCUUUUGCCGUCCAGCACACAGCAGAGGACAACCUGUGUGAUGCUAGCAGCUUUGUCAAAAUUCCCUGAGGUCACAAUGGGUGGACAGUCGAGAAGCCGAGUGUCUUCCUGUCACAGUGAAGAAGUGAAACAAACCAACAGGCUGGAACCUGUUCAGCUGCUCAUAAAAUAUUUUACAGAGUGACAAAUAACCAUAAAACUUAACAUCAACAUGUUUCACAUACCUGACAGCCAACUUGCUGAGGUGCCCAUAAAAAGUCACUGACAUUAGCAUUUGGUCUUAAAUGACAAGACUGUUGAAUGUCUUGUACAGACUGUUCUCUGAUGCCACAUUCACAAUGAAAGACAAGAAGAGAUGAAGCAGUAUUAUUGUGCUGCAGCUUGAUGUCUACAAAGUAAACAAACUGUCGAACCUUAGUCACACUGUAGAGGUGACUGUUGUCAUACCUGUAGCUCAAGUGGGAAGACAUGAAUGUUACCUUGUUUUCUUUCUUGAUUUCUUUUUUUUUUACAGUCAGGAUUUCUGAUGUGAACGUGGCAUCUUUCUGCUAAGUCGUGCUGUGUCCAACAUUGCAUGACAGCCACUACUUCAGACAAUGUAAAUGAUACAGUACUAUAGUGUUACAGCCACGAUACAGCAAGACCAAACUAUGUAUUACAAGCCAAAACAGGAAAAAAGGAAAAAGUAU